AUGAAAAAAGCAGCUCCCGUCUUCCUUGCGGCUAUCUUUGCCCUAACAGCCUCGCUGAGGGCAACGGCGGACCCUGUAAAGGAGGCGCACAUGGAGAUUGCCAUUAACGACGAGUCCAUCGGGUUCCUGAACUUCAAUUUAAGGCCGGAUGUCGUGCCCAAAACUGUGAAGAAUUUCGUCGAUCUCCUACCAAGAUACAGGGGGACGCUGUUUCAUCGAAUCAUCCCCGAUUUCAUGGUUCAGGGAGGGGAUGUACAGAGGAACGUUUUACCAGGUGCAGACACAUCCCCCGUGCCAUCUUUCAAUGAUGAGAGCUUCGAGCUAAAACACGUCGGUCCAGGCAUUCUCUCUAUGGCAAAUGCCGGUCCAAACACGAACAGCUCACAAUUCUUCGUGACGACUGUCGCUACUCCUUGGCUGGACAACCGUCACGUCGUCUUUGGCAGCGUCACAGAUGACUCCAUGGAGGUGUUGAAACGCAUUGAGGCAACAGGAAGUUCCUCUGGCCGCCCCUCUGCCCAAGUGACCGUCAAGUCAUCUGGAGUUGGUCACAAACCGAACUCUAGCUGA